GAGGCUAAAUUUAAAACUACUCGAGCCAGCCGCAGAGUCAAUUCUUUGCAGCGACUUGCAGGUAGCUCCCAGCGAAAAGUCGAAUUGUUGGAACUUUUGUAACUUUUUCGUCGCCUUUGCCCAGGUAUAUACAAAGGACAACAGAGAUGACUUUUUAUGAUGGUAUUUUCCCCUUCUAUCCAACGUCAAGAACACCAGUGGUGUUCAACACCAUCCAAAUUGUGGUCAUCAUUAUAUUUUUAGUCUUCCUGGUGGCCUUUCUUGUCAUACUGAUCGGCAUUCGUGGGAUUGAAAAACUACACUGGUUCAUGAGGGUCACCCUGAGUCUCUUCAUUGGUGCCGUCAUUGUUGCUGUCAAUUUCACCAAUGACUGGGAGAGAGGUUAUGCCAUGGUGAACACAACAUAUAAAUCCUUCAGCAAUGAGAAAGUCAAAGCAGAAGUUGGGAUUCACAUUGGGUUGAAAGGAGUAAAUGUAACUCUGAAAGGACUCCCUGAGACUCAACUUCAUGAAAUCAUCAACUACAACGAAGAGUUUCUUUGGCAGUUUGGAUUGAACUAUGAAAGCCAAUAUCGCAAAGGGCUAGAGAGGGGCCUUCCAAACCCAAUUCUGUACAUAGCAGAGAAGUUUACUCCCAAUAGCCCGUGUGGUGUGUAUUCGCAGUACAGGGUCUCUGGACAGUAUGCCUCUGCUACAAUGUGGGUGGCUCUGUGUGCUUGGAUGCUUUCCAAUAUCCUUCUGUGGCUGCUUGUCUUUUUAUAUGGAGGAUACAUGAUACUGGUAACCGGCUUUUUCAUGAUUUUCUCGUUGAUCUCAUUUGGUACAACGAGACAUACGCCACUCUGUGCCAUCCAGUUUGAUGAUAUGAAAUUACAGAGCGCCCUUGGGCCAUCCUUUUGGCUAACUUUAGCAACAGCUUUGCUCUGUUUGAUUAUUGGAGUGACCAUUGUGGCCAUGAGCAUCUUUGCUCCGACCAGGAUGAGCAAGGUCUUCCUGAUGAAUGCCAGCAACAAUGAAGAGGACAGCUACGAGACUAGUUUUUAUAACCAGUCUUACAGUGAUGCCUUUAAAGUGAAUCAGAGUUUGCCAUUGGAAGAUCUGGAAAAAGCUGUAUAAUCGAGGGAGAAAAUCUGCCAUGAACUAUCAUCGCCUCAUGAUCUACUUCUGCCUAGUGAACAAACAGAAGACUUGUUUGCUUUAUCAGCAUGUAGAAGUUUAUACCAUGUCUACACACCUAGUCCCUUUCAAAUUCUAACACUAGAGAUUGCCACCUAGCACAGGAUCACAAUUUUUACUUUUUAGUUAGGGUUGUGGGGGGGUGGAGGUGGGUGGGGGGGUUGAUGUUACGUAUGUCCAAUUGCUCUUACUUGGCAAUUUACAUUGUGCACGGUAUAAAAAGUGUUAAUUCACCAAGAUAAGUGGAUAUACAUUCCUCUCUACACCGGGUCUUCCCAAACUAGGUCGAGGUAGGUCAAAGGGUGAGAGCUCGGUGUCGCAAGCUUUUUGCAGCACUUGUAGCUGUGACUUGUAGGUCAGUCUGCUUUCUGACAGUGCUGAGGCCCCCUUUAAAUGUUCGCAGUUUUUUUUAUUGGUGGGUGUGACCUAAUGGACAGCUGUACAAGGCCUGAUUGCUGCUGCUGCAAAGCUAACGGAUAGAUAGGUAUUCACUUUUCAUUUGGAGAAAGUACCAUUCAAUCAAUCGUACCCGCACUUCUGAGGAAGGGUCACCGGACCCGAAACGUUAACUCUGUUUUCUCCUCCACAGAUGCUGCCAGACCUGCUGAGCUUUUCCAGCAACUUUGUUUUUGUACCCACACUCAACUCCAGUCAUCCACAUCACCUCCAGCCUAGAACUAACCUUCCCAGCAAUGUUCAACAGCUAUCUACCUUCAGAUAUUUCAGUCUAAGGGUCAUAGGAAGUCUAAGUCAUUAAAGGGGGUCACACCAGCAAAAAGUCUGGAAACCAUUGACCUAGGCUCUGCCCACCAUUGAUAUGUCCCUUUGCUCAUUUGGUGGCAGUUCCCAAACUGCCAAUGCUGUUCCCAAGUAGCGUCCAGGGAUUGGCUUUCCUUGCAUACUAUCCUGCCAGUUAAAAGCUUUUGUUAUCUAGUAGAAAGAAAGAAAUUUGCAGUGCAGUGCACAGGCCCAUUGACUCUGGACUAAGGUUUAAAGCAUUGGAGUUAAGCAAUUUCAAAUCUUUUGCACUCUCAAUAAAAGUAGCAGGUGCUGCAGGCAAAAUUAAUAAAGUUAAGUGUGACAACUAAAGAAUUCUACAAAGUACUUUUUC